UCACAGCUGAGCACCAUGGAAGAGCUUCACCUCUCCUCAGCCAAUAUGCCACACACCUGUACUCCCGAGCAAUCCUACCUUAAGGACACAGGAAGCAGUUCUACACAGGCCAGGAAUCAAACAGUGGCCUUCCUAGUCUCCUUCCGAAAGAAACAAAAGAAUGGAUUCCGAGAUUUCAUUCCACUUUUUCUGAAAGUGCAAGCACAAAACCAGUCUGAUGAUCUAGAUGGUAAUGAAAAAUACCUAGAUGGGUUGGUUGAAAGGUAUAAAAAUGGAGAAUAUUGGACAGAUCAAACCAAUACAGAGAGUUCCACCAACCAGAAAGAGUCUGCUUCGAAUGAGGAGUUUGAAAAAACUCUGCGAACUUAUCAUCACAAUGAUGCUAAUUAUAGUUCUGAAUUGAGCUUUGAGAAGAAUGCCCAGUAUUGCAAGGAAAGGUUACAGGACAAACAGGAUGAAAUAAGUACUCAUGAAGUACAAUCAGAGAUGAAGGGAUUUCAUGAGAAUUGCAUCGGUCAAGCUGUGGAGCCAGACACCUUCAAGACUAAAAGAAAAAGACGAAGUUCCAUCACGGUAGAUGAAUGGACUGAGAAGGAGAUGAAUGAUGAAUCCACAGACAACUCAGAAGACUCACAUUCAAGUGAAGUAACAAACCUAAAAGUGUGCAUUGAGCUGACAGGAUUGCAUCCCCGCAAGCAAAGGCACCUGCACCAUCUAAGGGCACUCUGGGAGCAGCAAGUGUCUCCUGACAGAUCUACUCCUUCCAGGACAGGUCGGCUCAGUAAGAAAGAGUUAGCUGGGGCCAAGGAGCCAGAGUUCAUGGCAAAGGAGACUGAAGUCAAAGACAGGGUAGACGAAAGAAACACCAGGAAAGGAUCAGAGGCCAAAUCCAGCAGAAAUGGAUCUGAGGAGACCUUCACUAGAAAUGACAUUGAAAAAGGUUUAUCUACACCUCCAGCAUCUCCAAGGAAAAGGACAAUUUCAUCCAGCACAACAAGCAGCAGUUGGCAUGUACAGCGAAAGACAAGUACACCCGUGUCUCGAUCAUCAAAUAAACGGCAAAAAAACAAGGAAAGCCGCAAGCGUGGUGUCUUGUGCUCUGGAGAAGAAGAGGACCAUUUACGUUCACGAGUUUUACCAAAGUAUUCAAACACUGAACGGGAGAAACCUUCAGGAAAGCGCCAAUGUAAAACAAAACACUUAAUGCGUCAGGACAAAAGACAGUCAUCACUGACAGCAGAUGACUCAACUGAUGUUGAGAGCUCAGAAGAAAAGCAAACCAGUGUCAGCAGGAAUUCUAGAAAACGACCAGCACCAACCACAGACACAGAUUCUACACCAAAGAAAACAUGUGAGCAGAAGUCUGCUGAACGUCUGUUGCAAAUUCCAUUAUUCCUUCCGUGCUCCCAGCCCUUGACUGCACAAGCAGUCAGCACUCCACAGGAGACAACUCCAAGUCGUCCCAUGCCACCAGAAGCACGCAGACUCAUUGUCAAUAAAAAUGCUGGUGAGACUUUGCUGCAGAGAGCAGCACGUCUAGGCUAUGAGGAAGUAGUACUGUAUUGUUUGGAAAACAAAGUUUGCGAUGUAAAUCAUCGUGAUAAUGCAGGUUAUUGUGCUUUGCACGAAGCCUGUGCCAGAGGAUGGCUCAGCAUUGUUUGCCACCUUCUAGAACACGGAGCUGAUGUUAACUGCAGUGCUCAGGAUGGAACAAGGCCUAUUCAUGAUGCUGUAGAAAAUGAUCACUUGGAAGUGGUUCGGCUAUUGCUUUCAUACAGUGCAGAUCCAACCCUGGCCACUUAUUCGGGUCGUACUAUUCUGAAGAUGGCGCACAGUGAAGUGAUGGAAAUGUUUCUUGCAGAGUAUUUUGCUGAUUUGCAAGGUCGAAGCAAUGAUGACCCUGGCUUGUACUGGGAUUUCUAUGGCAGCUCUGUGUGUGAAUCAAUAGAAGAGUCUGGCUUUGAUGUCUUGGCUAAUCCACCAGGCCCUAGUGAUGAAGAAGAGGAGUAUGAUGAUGUGUUGGAAUUUGAGUUUUCUGAUACACCUCUUUUACCUUGUUACAACAUUCAGGUCUCUCUCUCUCAGGGUCCCCGGAACUGGCUGCUACUAACUGAUGUAAUCCGGCGACUGAAAGUUUCAGCCCGCAUCUUUCGCUCUUCAUUCCCUCAUAUUGAAAACGCCACCAUUUCAGAGGCAGAGUUCUACAGACAGGCUUCUUUGAGCCAACUUUUUACCUACCCAGAGAACUUUGAAACUCAUGACAUUGACAAUAAAGAAACACUGGAGUUGGUGGAAUUCACAAGCGAACUUCAAGAACUGUUGGGAUCAUCUGUCACAUACCUGUAUUCGGACAAUGAGGUUGAAACAUACAAUUAACUGCAAAAGGACUAGGUCACACAUAUUGGCUGCUGUUCCUACAUAAUGGCCUACAUUAAAAAAACUGUAAAUUAUGUAAAUAAUGUUAUUUCAUGGAUCGUUGUGUUUGGAAAAAACACUAUUCUGAAUACUAAAUGACAUUGUUGUCUAUGUUCUUGUAUAUUGAAAGCCAGAAUUCCAUUUUGGAUGGACUUGUGAAUUUUUCAAAAAGAAAUCUCUCUGUUUAUAAUUUUUUUUGUAUGCUGUCUGUUUCUUAUCUUUCUGUAAAUGUAAUUUUCUGCUUUUUGGCAGGUAGCCCAAAUUAGGAACUUUUUUCCUGGCACACUGCAUAUGUAAACACAUUCAUUUGAUUGUUAUUUUGUUUUUUUUUUAAAGAAGCACUGAUUUCUAAGAUGAUGUCCGCUUUCAGGUCCUGUGGUCCUUGUCCCAUGAUCUGUUUAGGAGGCUUGGUUGCGUUGAGGCACUUCACUUUAUUGUUUACAAAGUUACCUGCCGUGGUCAGGUACACUUGUAAGAUAAUGAAAACUGUAUCCUUGUAUCAGAAGUACUCUGACUUGGAUUCACUUUUAGAUAACCACAGACACAGACAUCACCCAGUCCUUUAUACAUACAUAUAUGUAAACAUGUUUUACAUUUUUGCUUUUAUUUAAAAAUGAAUUUAAAAUAUUUUUUCUGUACUUUGUACAAAAAAUUAUGAAAUUUAAAAUUUUUGAGGAUUGUACAAUAAAAUCUGUUUUGUCAAGAGUGGAGUUAUAUACUGUGGAUGUUGGGGAACUAAAUGUUUCUGAUAGUUGUAUAAUAUUUUAGAACAUCUGUUUAACUUUGUAAGUAAAACUGCUGUAUAUUUAGGUUUAUAUUUUACAGUGACUAAAACAAUUUUUCCUUAAAACAAAAGCCAAAAAAGGAAAUGUCUGUAAUAAAGACAUUGUUUGAUAAAGGGA